AUGGACAAGAGUUGGACUAAAAUCACGAAUAAGGUCGAUCCAAAGUUCAUGAAGGGGGCAAUUGCUUUUGCAGAGAUGGCUAAAGGUUACGUUGAUAGUGAAGGUCGUACACACUGUCCAUGUAAAAGCUGUCUAAAUGUAAGAAAGCAUGCACCUGAUGUAGUUUGUAGUCAUAUCAUACAUCAUGGCUUUCAACAGUCAUAUAAAAUUUUGACAUUUCACAGGGAAAGUCGCCAGGAAAAUGAAAUAAACAACGAACAUGAUGAAAGUGAUAAUGAAUCAGAUGAUGGUGUCGAUGCUUUACUUGGUGAUGCGUUUCAUGUGGGAGCUGAAACUGAAGGAGUAGAUGAGAACGAUGAGGACGAGUCUAAUAAUCGAUCUAGUAAUCCAAAUGUGGAAAAGUUAUUCGCUAAUAUGGAGAAACCUUUAUUUCCAGGAUGUGAUACUUUCUCUGUACUAGGAUUUAUAUUACGAUUGAUGCACGUGAAGGAAAAUUCGGAAUUACAAUUAUGUCCUGUUUGUGGUGCUAGUCGUUGGGUAGAUGAUAAAAUGCAUCAAAAGAAGAUUCCAACCAAAGUCUUGCGUUACUUUCCCAUCACAAGUAGACUUAAGCGACUAUAUGCCUCUAGGUAUACUGCAAAGGACAUGCAGUGGCACGCUCACAACAAGUCUAAAGAAGAUGGAGUUCUUAGGUAUCCAGCAGACGGAAAAGCAUGGAAGCACUUUGAUACAAUCUACCCUGAUUUUGCCAAAGAACCAAGAAAUCAAUAUGCUGAACAAAUGAAACAUAAUCGGGGAAAACUUGUUAUUCCAAGUAGAGGAGGCUCAAGAUCGAUAACAAAUCACAAAUUUGCCAUGACAAAUAAAGAGACUCAAAUGCCCCCCAGCCCAAUCGAGUUAUAUCAUAAGUUGCAUUUUGAUCCUAUAAAGAAAUGGAUAAAUGAUGAGUCACGCAUUCAAUACGAAAAUAUUCUCCAACUCAAGGAGGAAGAAUGUGCCAAAUUAGUUUCGGCGGGAACAAGCAUUACUCAAGAAACGGAAUAUGACAUAGAGAAAAAAGUCAUUAAAACUAUUUGUGCCAAACAUAAAACAUUGCAAUCUGGAUGGGAGGCUUCAAGUGGACCUGUUAUGAGGAAAAAAGAUAUACAUCUCUUAUCAACCGCAGAAACAUCUCAAUCAGCCUCAAAAGAUGAAGAAGAUAUGAAAAGUAAGAUUGUUGCACUUGAGGAGGAGGUUCGAAUAAAUGAACAAAAAGUCAAACAAAGUGAGGAAAAAUGUGAAAAAAUGUUGCAGUUUAUUAUCUCGAAGUUCCCGGAUUCUCAAAACAUAUUAUGUCCACCCGAUGAAGAUGAAGCUCGUGCGUACGAUGACAUAACAGAUCUAUCAGAGCAAGCAUAG